AUGGAAAAAAACAUCUGCUAUCGGCAACGAAGGAGAAAAGAAGUCUUCUACGACGAUUGCGUACUCGAGGACUCCUUGUCCCAAAGUGACUGGCACAUCGAGGAGGACCCAAACGAGGACAACAAGAUGUUGUUCAGAGAAUUACGAGUUUGUGCUGAGCGUACCUCGAUGCCGCGCACGACAAACUUGGAUCGAAUUUCGAAGACUACCAAGGAAUUGUUGGAAAAAAGAAGGGCUUUGAGGCUUGAUCCGAAUGCAUCGCACGUUCAGCGGUUAGCAGCAAACACUAGCUGCAGGAAAGCGUUGCAGGAAGUUCUUUUGAAAAAAAUGCAGAAGAAGAUUCUGGAAGCAGCACAAAGAAGAACGAGUCUAAAGAAGUGCCGCAGGAAUCUCCGCGGAUAUAAUAUUCCGCUAGCAGCCUUGCUGAGCGAAGAUGGGAUUCGCACGUCUUCUCGUCGUGAGAUGGAAGAGGUGGAGAGUUUCUACUCGAACCAUUUCCGUUCAUCAACUCCUGUGUCAAGCCCGAUCAUUAGCACUAGUGAAGCUCCACUACGGAUUCUUCCUUCGGAAGUAGUCGCUAUCAAGAGCAUGAAACCUUGCACAACCCUCGGACCUGAUUUUAUAUCAGCAGACUUUCUUCGGGGUAGUGGCCAUCCGCUUCAUGUAAUCUUAUUAGCGCACAUGACAUUCUACCUUCAGAAAGAAAGGAUCUCAGACCAGUGGAAGACCUCGCGAACCGUUCUUAUUCAUAAGAAAGGUGACCGAGAGGACCUUCGGAACUACCAUCCGAUAUCCUUGCUGAGCGUGUUAUACAAGGUAUUCACCAAGACCAUCCUCACGCACAUGUAUAGGACGCUGGAUGAAGUUCAGCCUCAAGAAUAA